AUGUCUUCGACCACGCAACGACAACCACCUAAUCCGGCCCGCCGUGAUUUCGCCAACAAGAGCCACGCGGCGAGUUACGACUACAUCUCCCCGCUCAAGCUGGACCUCUCGGGUCGACACGUCCUCAUCACCGGUGCAGCUCACGAAGAUGGAGUGGGCUUCGCUACGGCCCUCGCCUUUGCUCGAGCGGGAGCGACUGUGAUCGUCCUCGCAGAUCUUCGAGGUGUAGCUGAAGAGCGAGCCGAAAGUUUACGAGCCGCCGCGAGGGCAGCGGGUAGACAGACCGAGCCGGUGGUGCUCUGCAGACAGGUCGAUAUCGCAAAGCUCGAUAACGUCAAGGCGUUAUUAGAGAGUAUCGACACUGCGCUAGGUGGGAAGUUGGACGUCCUGGUGAACAAUGCCGCGCACCAAGAACCUUAUGCCAAGUUGCUAGAUUCUGACCCGGAGGUCGAUUGGCGGACUUGGGAGGUGAACGUGAAUGGGCUUGUCAAUAUGAGCAGGACGUUCCUUCCUCUCCUACUCGCUGCUCAUUCGGACUCGGAUUCGAAGGCGGGACUCUGUACGAUGAUCAACGUCUCAUCAUCCGGCGCACUCUCCGUCCGCCCAGGUAGCUCGCACUACCGCUCCUCCAAACUCGCCGUACUCCGCUACACAGAAUCCCUGCAGCUCGACUAUUCCUCAGAAGGUCUAAUUUGUUACUGCGUCAACCCCGGGGCGAUCAAGACCCAGAUCACGGUCAACGAACCGGCCGAGUUGAGGGAUAGACUGCCGCACAAGGUGGAUAUCGCUGGGGAUACGAUUUGUUGGUUAGCGAGUGAACGGAGGGGGUGGUUAGGAGGGAGGUAUGUUAGUUGUCCCUGGGAUAUGGAGGAGUUGAUGAGUAGACGGGAGGAGAUUGUGGAGGGUGACAAGUUGAAAGUGAGGAUGGUUUAUUAG